UAAAUUUCAAAGAUUCACCUUGACCAGUCUGGACUGGCGGCGUCAGUGUCACCUGUUACACUACACCACUACAUGGGAAGCGACACUUGAUAAGUCAUGCUUCAGUAGCGGACGUCCUUCGGCGCGGGCAACAUGACGUUCCCUGUGAAAUUCGGCGCUGAAACGUACGACAUAAAAGCGUUUCUCCGCGACCACCCCGGGGGGACGAAUACUUUGGAAAAAUUCAGGGGCAAGUCCAUCCUGAGCGUUAUGGAGGCCUACGGGCACAGUGUCAGUGCCUACCACAUGUUGAGCGACUUUAGGGUCGAUGACGAUGUUAAUUUGACCGGUAGUUUGAGUGAGAAUGGCAGGAUAUUGACCAAGGAGGAGAGUGUUCGGGACGCUGAGGAGAUCGCCUUCCUGGAGGAGCUGGAGAGCAGACUGGAUUGGUCCAAGCCUCUUCUGUGUCAGCUGCACAAAAUAGCUCCGCACUACCAACAGUGGGUAAAUUGUGCAGUUCACAGAAAAUGUCGCCUGUUCGCUAACCCCAUGCUAGAGAGCCUCACAUACACCCCGUGGUAUUUGGUACCGAUGUUCUGGAUACCCAUUAUAAGCUACUUAGCAGCCUCGUUGUUUUACAGGCACGUUUUUUGCGAAGACUGCAAGGAUGGGCUCUACGUGUACCAGUUCUUCAGUCAACUGACCGCAGGUUUUGUGAUAUGGACCAUCCUAGAAUAUUCUCUACAUCGAUGGCUCUUUCAUUUCAACCCCGGCAACUCCUUAAAUUUGAUUAAAAUACAUUUUUUGAUCCAUGGCAUACAUCACAAGGUUCCUUUCGACGGGCUGCGCCAAGUGUUUCCUCCCAUACCGGCGGCUGCGCUGGCGACCGCUAUCUACACUACUGUCAAAUAUUUAUUAAGUUACCCCAUGAUAAAGUUUACCGGGGGGCUUGUAGGAUACCUAGUAUACGACAUGACCCACUACUACGUGCAUCACGGCUCACCGAGAGCCGGCACCUACCUCUACGAAAUGAAGAGGUAUCACUCCAACCACCAUUUCCUGAAUCAUGACAAAGCAUUUGGUAUAACCAGUAAGAUGUGGGACCACGUUUUCAAGACAUUCGUGAACGUUCGCAAGCUGGCCAUAAGUUUACAUUGGAGGAGUAAUCUUUAAUCGAAUAUUAUUUCUAGUGUUUAAUAGAUAUUAAAGUGCGGUUACGUAGGAGCCCGAUUCUUAUAGCUCGAAAGUCCUGCAUCGAAGCAUCCCAGACUGUCUCAGUUACACACUGUUUUAAUACCCGCGAGUGUGAAAACCUGAGGCAGCAUAAUAAAAAGUGUCAGAAUCAGGGCCCUGGUAGAAAAUCAGACCGAGCCUUUCGUUUCUCGUUUCUUUGAAAUAUACAAAUAUUUUUGCACGCGCGUGAGUUGAUGUCCGGUUUCUUAUCAGAUUUUUUGUCAAUUUGUAUUUUCAGCGGCGUUUACGAUUGUUUAAUUGCUUGAUGUUAGCCAAUCAAACGUCGGCUAACGUCGUUGUCGUCGUCGAGGAGAUGAACCUGUCAAAAAUCUCGGAAACCGGGCAUGAGACUGGAACUAGACAAGUCAAUUAGCAAUGUAUGAAUUUCUACGUGCUAUAGUUUCUACGUGCUUGGAGCCGUGGACUUAUUAGUUAAGUAACUAGGUAUAAUUUUUACUAUUUUUUUUUUGAAUGAAGAUGAUUUUUAAGUUUGCUGUGAGCUUUAAUUUUGCUAAGCAUUUGUCAUUACCACAUUAGAGAUAGCUGUUGUUA